UCUUAAGACAGUUCUAAGCUGAGGCUAUCUAGGGUUCAUAGGGAGUGUUUUCAUGAUCGUGUUUCCGGCAUCUCUUCUUACGUACGUCCCUUCUAAAUGGAACCAUAUGAGAUGCUAUCUUCAAACCAAACAGGACACGAAUUAAUGAAUAACUCUCAGAAAUGCUAGGAAUGAAGGCUAAUGGCAAGGGAAGACAAUAAACAGCACGAAGGCGACGGGAUGACAUUAGUCCGUCUGCAUGCUGAGAGAAGCAGUACUACAAAAGCUCUCGCUCGCUCAGCCCACUAGUUUGCCCAGUUUACACGUCUCAUAGGUCACUCGACGAUCGCUCCGCACUCUCCAAGCGUUGAAAAUGUGCCGGAUUCUACUAACACUUCUGGUCGUGGUGGCGAUAGUUUCGGCUGCACAAGCCAGGAAGGACCGAGUGAAGAAGGCGAAAGAUUGUUCCCGCCCUUGUCCGAGAAUUCUCACGCCAGUCUGUGGCAGCGACCGUGUGAGCUACAGCAACAUGUGCGCCUUCAGGAACGCGCAAUGCCUCGCUCUCGAACAAGGCCAAAAGCUGCUGCUUCAGUACGAAGGGGAGUGCGGGAAACCAAAACCAAUCAAAAAAGCAAAAGUCAGCAAAGUCAAUAAUAAUGGAAGGCGUAAAGAGAAAAAUAGAGGGCAGAAAAGACCAAAGAGAUGCCGCCCUGAUACUACCCACUGCAAGACCAUCAACUCUACCCGAAAUGCCGUCUGCGACAGCAACGGCACGACUCAUAGUACUUACUGUCAUUUCAAAGUCGCCCAGUGUAAGGCAGCUCUUGCUGGACAGAAUUUGAGCCUGCGAUAUAAGGGUGUCUGCGGUAAGCCCAAGCGGCAAGUCGUAUGUCCACAGGAAUCCCAGUGUGAUCUAAAAAACAGACCGAUUUGCGGAGAAGACGAGAAAACGUACAGAAACCUGUGUCUUUUCCUUGUCGCCAAAUGUAAAGCGAAGAAGGAUGGAAGGCGGCUGAAGCUCAAGUAUAGGGGUGCCUGUGGAAACCCAACUCCUCGCAAGUCUUGUCCCCCGCGAACCUGCCCAAAACAGGACAAACCGGUUUGUGGCUCAGACGGAAAAACCUACAGAAACGGCUGUGAAUUGGCGACAGCAAAAUGUGCCCUACCUAAGGGGCAAAAACGACAACUGACCCUUAAACAUCGGGGACCCUGUGGCGCCCCUAUCACAGCAAAACCGUGCAUGACCAAGCAGAAAUGCCGCCGAAAGCGUGACCCUGUGUGCGGCUCGGAUGGCGUGACUUAUCGGAGCAAAUGUCACCUGCGAGUGGCAAAGUGUCUGCGCAAGCGCAAAAGGCGAUCUCAGCUUGUGCUCAAGCACAUGGGGCCCUGCGGAAAACUCGUGAACGGAAUAGGAAAGUAAACUGUGCGGAAUAUCUAUUAUUUGUCAUUAUCUUUCACUAGUGCUUGUGGUAUUUAAUGUCAAGCUGUUACAUUAAAAGUGUACAAAGAUUUAGUAAAAUGGAAAAGGGAGUUUUAUUGUAAAUUUCAAGUAACGGUAUACAUUAGUCAGAAGCAGAUCUGGUGCUUUGUUUGGUAGAGCCCGUAUGUUCAAGUAUGGGGUAGCAGUUAUAUGUAUCAUAUAUAAAAAGAAUACUAUUUGACGAUCGUUCAAUAAGAAAUGACCCAUUUUUUUAACGGCCAAAGGGAGGGGGGGAUGAAUGGCGCUUUUUGCAUUAUUUGAUAGUCUACCUUUGGGAGGGUUUACGCCUAGAAAGACUUUUUCAAGGAAACCUAACCAAACAAUACGAUGUAUUUCUAGCGUGUGAAAUUUGAUAUCUAAGCCCAAAUAGUGGUGUUCGUGAACCAGAAGAAUGAAUACAGUACACCAAAAACUGGAAUUCGACAGGGUCCUGAAUAAGUCUUAUUAAAGACGAAAAUUUAAAGCCGAAUUCCAGUUUUUGGUGUAUUGUCCCUAGUUUCUGCUUGUAGUACAUUAUGUUACGAAGCAGUCACGAUUAUAGACUUAAUUUAUAGUUCAUAUUUAAGAUCCCAAUGUUUUUGAUUGUUAACCAUUAAAAAUAAGAUCAAAUUUUAA